GAGACAAUGACACAAUAGAUGCUACCACACCUGCACCGACAACUGCAACAACUACAGGAAUGAACACAACAUCAUCUUCAGCAACAACUCCACCAGGGAACUUGUGCAACCCAAACCCUUGUGGAACAAAUUUGGCUGAAUGUGUUGCUUUAAAUAGCAUUUCUGUCUGCCAGUGCCGAUAUGGAUACUACUAUAGCGACAAGGAUUGUCACAGAGGGAAAAUAUACCCAGGGGUCAUUACACUGAAAGAUUCUUACAGUGAUAGUGUUCAAACCAUAAAUUCCGUGCAAUAUCAAGAGGUGUUCCAAAAUGUAACAGCAUUUUUUAAGAAUGCCUUCCACAAUUUAUCGAGUUAUGCGCAGACCGUCAUCGUGGAAAUUCUACCGCUAAAAGAAGGAAGAGCUGCUCUUCCAAGGAGUGUAGUAGUGAUAAACCUGUUUAUGGAGAACUCAACUGUGAACAAUGAAACAGUUACUUCUGCAAUAGAAAAGGCAACAACAAAUUCAUCCUAUGUCUCUCAGUACAGAGGUACAACCUAUUGUGCUGUUUUUAAUUGUGAUCCUGAAACCACAGAGUGCAUAGAAGAUAUGUUUCCAAUGUGCACAUGCCAAACUGGUUUCUCGAAGACAGAAUGGGAUGAACGUUCUUGUUCAGAUUGCAGUAACUGUUCUGCAGAAGAAAACAAGUACUGUGCAAAAGAAAAUGGGGUUCCAACAUGCAAAUGCAUGUCUAACUUUGAAAUGAAGAAUGGAAAAUGUGUAUUUUGUCCAGUGGGCUACUCAGGGGACAACUGCAAUAACAAUAGAGAACUCAUCCUUAUAAUAGUGGGUACAGUGUUUGGAGCCAUUAUCCUGAUUUUAGCGAUAGCAAUCUCUAUUAUUUCAAUAAGAGCCAAACACAAAAAGGAUCCAGAGAGGAAGAGCCUGAUAAAGUCAGGAUAUUCCAACCCAAAUGCCUUUGAUGAUAGAGAGACCACGAUAUUUCCCAGAGUCCAGACCACUUCUGGCCAUGCGAACCCAGGAUACCAGCCAAACAACCCCUAUGAGAUGCGCUCCACAAAUAGAGAUGGUUUUCCGGAGAGGGAUUAUGAUUUGUAUGAUAUAUCCCGGGAGCCUGAGGGCUUUAGGACACGGAACAGAUACUAA